UUAACAAUGCAACGCUGAACAACAACAGUGUGGAUCCAUUAAGCAGCUUCAUACAGCACACCAACAGCUCUGCUAGCUACUCCAUUGGCCCCUCUCCAACCCUCAAUAGAGGCCCAAGAGCAGCUUUUGAUAAACGCACACUAGGAUCUGACUUUGUGGAUGUGGAUGCUAUGGAAGCCCUUACUAUAUGGAACAAAUGGAGAAGAGGUUUCUGGAGAUAGUGGAAUCUAUGGACCUCCCUAACGACAAGCGUCAAGUGGUAAUGGGCUCGUCUGAAGAGAAAAAAUGGCAGAUGGUACGAGACUUCACCCGCCGACGUCGCCAGGUUCCCCCACACGAGUAUCUGAACAAACUGAGACAAGUGACGGAGGGCGACCCUUCUCGGAGGAUGAGGAGAAAGAUAGUGAUGUCAUCAACUGUGCAGAAUCUACAGGGCCUGGAGAUAUCACUAAGGACUAAUAAUAUCAGCUGGGUGCAGGAGUUCUUAGAUUCACGGAACAGUGGACUGACAGUGCUGGUUCGCUACAUGAAGAUGAGGUACACGCUUGAGCAAAGUCACGGCCACCAGACACAAUCCCCCGGCAGUCCUGUGAGCCGUCAACUCACGAAAACCAAGAGCGUAGACGCUGGGACAAUGCUGAACGGGUCCUCUCCACCACGGUCCCCUCUCAUGUCUCGUCGGAAUGGUGGUGGGCGCAGUGAAUCCUCCUCUGACAUACACAUCUGUGUACUCUGCCUCAGGGCGCUCAUGAACAACUCCCAUGGAUUUGCGGCCCUGAUGAAGGACACUGCUGCUCUCACCACAAUGGCCCUCUCCAUGUUCUAUGGCACUCACCGGACGGCUAUAGCUGUGAUUGAGCUCCUAGCAGCCGUGUGUCUGGUAAAGGGUGGUCACAUCAAGAUAAUGGAAUCAGUGGACAACUUCAAGAAGGAAAACAACGAGCAAUAUCGGUUUGAGAAGCUAGUCCAUUAUUUCAUGGAGCCCACAGCAAGUGCUGAAUUCCAAGUGGCUUGUAUGACCUUCAUCAACGUGUUUGUGCAUUCUGCUGAAGACAUGAACUUCAGGGUGCACCUGCAACACGAGUUCACCCUGCUCGGACUUGACGACUUUAUUGAGAGACUCAAGUCCUCAUCGUCGGUAGCUCCGAACCUCCUCUCGCAGAUCUCAGCCUAUCAGGGAAACUUCUUCCACGUGGAGAGUCUGAUAGAGGAUUCAAAGACAAAGGUGGACGCUCUGUCCUCUGUGGAACAAACCAAGUCUCAAAUGGCGGAGCUCCAAGAGAAGCACGAGGCUGCAGAGUUCCAGUCACUCAAGAGAAUUGCUGACCUGGAGAAGAAGUUAUCAGAUUUGAACAAAACUGUCAAGGAGGCACAAACUGGAACAUUACCUCCUUCGUCAGAUGCCCCUCCCCCUCCUGGAGCACCCCCUCCUCCCCCACUCCCCGGAGGUGCCCCACCCCCUCCACCACCGCCCCCUCCUGGACUGCCGGGUGCCCCCCCACCACCACCCCCUCCACCAGGGGGGCCGGGAGCACCACCACUUCCACCCCUGGGAGGAAAAUUUGGAAUCCGCGGGGGUAAGAGGAAGAUUGAGACCAAGUAUCGACUGCCCCUACUCAACUGGUCCAGUAUCCCAGCUACCCAGAUCGCAGGCACUGUCUUUACUGAAAUGGACGAUGAGAAAAUCAUCAAACUGAUCGAUUUUACCGAGUUUGAGGAGACCUUCAAGCUGAACACACCUGCUAAUAAUGAGCCUGACGGAGAGGGAGUCAAGCCAGAGCCCACCCCCCGCAAGAAGACGGUGCAGAAGGAAGGGCUACUGGACACCAACAGAUCUCAGAACGUUGCCAUUGCACGGAGGAAGAUUACGUGUUCUUCAGAGGAGCUCAAAGAUGUCAUCACACAGAUGGACUUGGAACGUCUGCCAGUGGAUUUGGUGGAGAUCCUAAACAAAGUGACUCCCAACGAAGACGAGGUUAAGAAGUUUGGUCAGUUCCAGAAAGACAAGAAAGACCCGAAGACACUGCCAGACAAUGACCGGUUUGUGUUUGAGUUAUACAGAGUAGAGAGGUUACAAGCACGACUGAAUGUGAUGAUCUUCAUGGGCAACUUUGAGGAGGACAUUGGUAUUCUAAUCCCUCAAAUUGAUGCAGUGAUAGCAGCCUCUAAAUCUGUGACUUCUUCAGACCACUUUAAGAAAGUCUUAGAGAUAAUUCUUGCGUUUGGCAACUACAUGAACAGCAGUAAGAGGGGUGGAGUGUACGGGUUCAAGGUGGCCUCUCUGGACAUGCUGCGUGAUUCUAAGGCCCCUAGUGACCACACGGUAACACUGAUGCACUACGUAGCAGGAGUGAUACGAGACAAGUUCCCCUUGCUGUUAGGAUUUGUCCAUGAGCUCACCUACCUGGAUAAAGCUGCACCUGUCUCUCUGGACCUACUUAUGGCCGACUUCCGUCAGAUCAGUAAGGGCAUAAAGGAAGCGACUGGAGAGCUCAUCAACAAUAAACAGAACACUGCCCUCAAGACCUUCUGUCUGGAGGCAGAGCCUAAGGUCACCAAGCUGGAGAAAGGAUUGGAGACUGCCAAGGAGGCGUUCGGAGAAGUUGUGCAAUACUUUGGAGAAAAUGCUAAACUGAGUCAACCAAACUCCAUCUUCCCCGUUCUGCACAGAUUCGUCACAAACUUCAGAAUAAUUCUAGCGUUUGGCAACUACAUGAACAGCAGUAAGAGGGGUGGAGUGUACGGGUUCAAGGUGGCCUCUCUGGACAUGCUGCGUGAUUCCAAGGCCCCUAGUGACCACACGGUAACACUGAUGCACUACGUAGCGGGAGUGAUACGAGACAAGUUCCCCUUGUUGUUAGGAUUUGUCCAUGAGCUCACCUACCUGGAUAAGGCUGCACCUGUCUCUCUGGACCUACUCAUGGCCGACUUCCGUCAGAUCAGUAAGGGCAUAAAGGAAGCAACUGGAGAGCUCAUCAACAAUAAACAGAACACUGCCCUCAAGACCUUCUGUCUGGAGGCAGAGCCUAAGGUCACCAAGCUGGAGAAAGGAUUGGAGACUGCCAAGGAGGCGUUCGGAGAAGUUGUGCAAUACUUUGGAGAAAAUGCUAAACUGAGUCAACCCAACUCCAUCUUCCCCGUUCUGCACAGAUUCGUCACAAACUUCAGAAAAGCAGACAGUGACAACCUUGCCAAGAUAGCCAUCAGACAAGCUCAACUGUGUGUAUUACCUUGCGUGGAUGACACUUCCUUAUCAGAGGAUGAUCAGGGUGUGGACGUACUGCCUCAGAUCUACGACGGAGCUAUUGAAGAGAUCAUUUCCGGUAUGAAGAACACUGCAUACAGACCGGCCAACUACAGACGUAACACAUUACGUAAGCAUGGCAACUCUACGUCGUCCAAUCAGGUGGCAGCACCCUCACCACAUGAUGAACUUCUCAAGUCCCUACAGAGAAGAACUAAAGCUAGAGAGGACAAUUACGGUGCCAAUAGACCAUGGCUGAAAUAAUCUGUAUAGCUAGCUAAAAUCAUUUCAUUCACCGUUAUUGUCUUCUGUACAUUUUGUGUUUCUUUGCUCAAUUCAUAUAAUUAUACAUGUAAUAAAAUGUAUUGUAUGUUCGUUGAUGACCCAUG